AUGGCAGAUCCUAAAAUUUUUAUAGCCAUCUUGUCUGUUUGCAUUCUCUUUGAAUAUGUUAGUGAGGCUGCGAUUGAACAACUACAGCACCAAAUAAGUCUGUUAGACGCAUGCUGCAAAGCAAAUGCUCAACGUAUUCGUGAUAAUGAGGCAUCAAUCGAUGAACUUUUUGACCGGCUCAGCAGAAUGCAUUCAGGUUCACCAAGUAGCGGCCCAAGUUCAACUAACAACCACCAAGAACCAGGUCACGAAGAACCAACUGGAGAUGCAGAAGAGCCAGAAGCACCAGAUCAUGAAGAACAACCAGGAGAUUCAGAAGAGCCAGAAGUCUGCUAUCUGCAUUGUUUAGCUGUUCAUAUAAUAUUAGACGAUCAACGGAACCGAGCACAACAAAUAUACGUAUCAGUUCAACAGAUUGAAACAAUUGUCUUAGACAAUGAAGCAGAAUGCCAUGGACACAGUGAGUGGAAUUAAAAAUUGUCUACUCAGCAUAGCUUCACUUCUAAUGUCUGCAAGGAAAAAGAAUACUAAAUUCUUCUUUUUUGCGAAAUGUAUUGCAGUAUUGAAACUUGAAGAAUGUUCCAAAAUCUGUUUCUGUGUCACGAAAAUAAUAUAUGUUCUAAUACUUUACAGACGUCCUCUAUACGCAAUCCGGACGAAAAAUACCAUUCUUAGUGGAAACAGUGGAAUAAAUAAAAUACACUUUGUAAAAAAGAUCCGUCUUUGAAAAUCCUGUUUCUCUAAAAAUAAAUUAAAAAUGUCAUCAUACUCUUUGGCAAUGAAAGUACAAAAAUAGACUUCUGGCCUUCACCUGCUUCAAAAUACAAUAAAAAUCGGGUGAAAAACUCAUAUUCACAGAGCUGUUAACAGUCAAGUAGAAAUCAUAAAGUCUUAUCGAGUUUUUGUAAUGAUUCUGUUAUAAGUGAUACCCAGCGUCAGAAAAUGUAGUUCAUAUCUAGUGCUACCAAACAGCAGUGAAUCAAUCAUUAUUAUAGGUAAAAUAUAUGUAUUUAAGAACUCAAAACCAUUAUAUAAUACUUCAUUAUAAACCUUUAAUUUAGUAGCCUAAACAUUUGUUGAAAAUUAGGUAUCUCAUUAUUGAUGAUAUGACAUUACGGUGACAAAAUCUCCUCAGCUGAAAUAAACUAGAGUGGAUAGGUAGUCAAAUUGUAUUCAGUAGCUUAAUGAUAAAGAUCUCGCCUUUUAAACUGAAGUUUUCAUAAUCCCAAUCCUGGUUAGUUCGUAAAUUUUCAUUAGUUGACAGCACUUAACACAGACUUAGUGCUACUAGCAUUU